AACAACAUUGCCAUCCCUAAAGCCAUAACACUAGCAUGGCUAAAAUUGUUAUUUAUUUAUUCUUUGAAUUUUAGAUCAAUAUGAACAGUUUAUAAAAACAACCUCAGGGCAUUUUAAUAGGUAGGAAAGUCAGCCAGGUGACCGGGAAAGAGUUGGUAUUAAGCAUUAUAGGCUUGUAUUGUUAAUUUGAGACUUGACUUAAUGACUUUCAGUGGAUAACACCCGCCUAUUAAAAUAUCUCACAUACACAAUAUAUUCUAAACAUUAAUUUGCAUAUUUCGGAACACUUCAUUGUCAUUUCACUGACAUGACCUCAUGACAUGUAUUAUACAUGUCACCACAUUCCGUGUUCCUUUCAUCAGAGCUUUAGAACACACACUGGGUAAACCUACUCAAACAUACAAGUGUUGGAUCUACAUUCACUUGUUACUCUGAAGUUAUCGUAUUUAAAACUACUUUAACAUCACCAUGGACAAAGACUCUACACAGAAGAUUAAGACUUGCCGCUCCUCGGCCCUUAAGACAGUUCGAGAGAGCAAUAGCAGCACGACUCAACAAAGUGCAGCGUCUGCAAAGGAUGGCAGGACUAGGAGAACUAAAAGGAAGGCCAGUCCUUUCAAGAUGACCACCAGGAAAAGAACAAGGGUCUCUGAAUCUGAACCCCAAAACACCUCUGAGGAGGAUGUCAGCGUGAGAAUAUUGAAGAGGAAAGUCAGAGAAGACGGAGAGGGACCAUCAAAUAAGAAGAAAAAGAGGAGAGGAUUUGACCUUAACCAGUUUGAUAAGGAGUCAGCGUCCUCCUCAAUGGACACUGGCAGAGAGACUGGCUGCAAUAUAUCUGUGGAGGAUGUGAGCAAGAGAAACGGUAAGAGGAAGGCUGCCGCUGAUGGAGAAGGACCAAGCAGGAGAAAUAAGAAGAGGAGGACCCCGGACCUGAAGGAGAUCAAAGAGGAGACCAAAGAUCUGUCAAUAGACGCACGAAGAGCUAAAUUUGAGGCCAAAUACGAACAGCAAAAUCAGCUCGGCGAAGGAGGCUGCGGAUCUGUGUUUGCCGGCUAUCGCAAAGCAGAUAAUUUACCUGUCGCUAUCAAGCAUAUACCAAAAGACAAAGUGUUCUGCAAACAUGUGGACAAGAAUGGGAGGCAGCUCUCUGUGGAGGUGGCCAUUAUGUUGAAACUCGCGGGUGGAACAACUGGAUCAGUGGCGACGGCAGCACCCGUGUCCCUACUCGACUGGUAUGAUCUGGACCAGGAGCUGAUCCUGGUGCUGGAAAGACCAAUCCCCUCCCAGGACCUCCUCAAGUACAUUGAGGUCAACGGAGGCUCCCUGCAGGAGGAGGAGGCCAAGCUCAUACUGAAACAGCUGAUUGAUGCAGCAAAAGAACUUCAGGAUAAGCACAUCUUUCAUCGAGACAUCAAGGUGGAAAAUAUUCUGAUUGAGACCGGCUCGAAUGUCCCGCGUGUUCGCAUUAUUGACUUUGGACUCAGCUGUUUCGUCAAGAAAGGAUCAUUUUACCGCAUCUUUUACGGCACCUCUGCUCACAUCCCUCCGGAGUGGUACAGUCACUGUACCUACAGGGCCGGCCCCACCACAGUGUGGCAGAUGGGAGUGGUCCUGUUUGAUAUGCUCCACAGAAAAACACAGUUUGAGACCACCAAGUUCCUCGGAAACAAGCUGAAAAUCAGUAAUAACCUGUCCAAAAAUUGUCGGGAUUUCUUGCAAAUGUGUUUGACCAAAGCCCCCGAGCAGCGCCCCACCCUGGAACAGCUCCAGCAUCACCCAUGGCUCAGAUAAACCAACAUAAACACCAGUAAAAUCCAAACCUCCUGCCAUACAAGUGCCAUACAAAUGCUAAUGCUGCUCUUUCUUUGACAGGAAGGAAGAUGUGAAGAACUGUUCCCUGCCAUAUUUAAUUGGACUUAUCUAAUUGGACUUAUUAUAUCAAAUUUACAUCAACAUUGGCCUUUUUACCUGCGGUUCCUGUAGUACCCCCAGCCAUCCGAGGAGAGGGGAUCUUUCUUUGAAUUGCCUUUCCCGAGGUUUCUUCCCAUUUUCCUUCUGGCCUCAGGAUUUUGGGGAGUUUUUCCUCGUCUUCUUAGAGAGCUUGGGCUGGGUCAGGAGCUGCUGCUGAUAUGAGCCUUUAGACCCCAAUUUGAGAUUUAUAUUAAGACAUGAAAUUCUCACUUCACUUCACUUCAAUCAAAUUUAAACCUAAUGAAUUAAUCUUUUGUUUAGAUAACAGACAAUCAUUAUACUGUUUUUCUAACUGCAUUUUGAGUUAAAUAAAUAUUUGAAAUCA